AUUCAAAUGAACUUAAUUUAAUAACUAAAAUCAUUUAUAAUUUUCCUACGUUAAAACUACGCUACACUAUUUAGUAUUAACUCGAAUGAACCUCCAAAAAUAACAAAUUUGUAGACGUAGUGUAGUAGACGUUUGCCGCAUUUGCCGCACACGACUGUCAGCACUGUUGUGUCAGGUUCCGUGCUGAAGCCGGCCCGAUGACCAACCUUUCGCUCUCUACCGCCGUCAUGUCAUGGAUGUGUCAAAGCAAAAAACUAAACAACGUUUCAGCGAUUCCGAUUGCAGUUUGCGCGAGGUUAAACACACUCCCUCUAUUUUCGGCCAACCGCGGCAUGUAAAUUCAAGGUGCUGCGAGGAAGGAAAAGCGUUUGGGAAAAGCAUCCGUGAACCACGAUGGUAUUUUACUUCACCAGCAAUGUCGUUCAGCCACCGGUGACCCUGUUCAUGGGGUUGGACAAGUACGAAAAUGAGGACCUGAUUCGAUGGGGCUGGCCGGAGGAUGUAUGGUUUCACGUGAACAAGGUCUCGUCGGCCCACGUGUACCUGCGGCUCGAGCCGGGCCAAACGCUGGACGACAUACCGUCGGCCGUGCUGGAAGACGCCUGUCAGCUGGUGAAGGCGAACAGCAUCAACGGCAAUAAGAUGAACAACAUCGACAUUGUGUACACGAUGUGGGACAAUCUGAAGAAGACGCCCGCGAUGGAGGUGGGCCAGGUGGCGUUCCACCGCGAUAAGGAGGUGCGCAUGUUUCGGGUGGAGAAGCGCAGCAACGAGAUAGUGAACCGGCUGAACAAGACCAAGCGGGAGGAGACGGUCGACUUCCGGGCGGAGCGGGAAAAGCGGGACGCACUGGAGCGGGCCGACAAGAAGCGGCUGGCCCGGGAGCAGCGGGAGCUAGAGAAGGAGGAUCUGAAGCGGCGGCAGGAGGAGGCAGAACUCAAGAGCUACAAUUCACUGAUGAAGCCGGAAAACAUGACCUCCAACUAUGACGCCGGCAACGAUUCGGAUGAGUUUAUGUAAGGCGAUGGAGGUGGCGCGGAGAGGAGAGAGAUAACGAAACUGGGUCAAGCGAGGCGGAAGAUUGCGGAUUACGAAUAAAUUAUUAAUUGUUUUA